AUGUACAUUACAAGGACUUUGUCCGAGUAUUGGAAGAAUCCAUCAGAGCUAACACAGCCUCCUCCUGAAGGUCCAAACUCUGGAAUUUUGGUUAUCCAAGACCAAGAUUUACAGACACGGGUUACAUGUUGCUUCCGCUCGUGUUUGGUCACAAACUCUUCUCUCACUGGUUUGCCAUUGCCGCAAAAUCUUAAGCUAGCAGCCAGAUUCAAUUACGGAGAAGAUGAUGGUACUCGUGACCCUGUUCUGUUCAUCCCCAUUCUCGAUAAGCCUCUAUCUUCAAACCGUUACUACGCUAUCAACCGACGUGGGAAGCGUUCAGGAGAAGCGCCGGUUAGUGGGAAAGAGGAAGACAGAGUCCCCUUUUGCUUUUGUCUCAGCUAUGUUCCUGAAGCUAAAUCAAAACAGCUAGAUCCUUAUGACAUAUACCAACAAUUCGAGAUCAAUCGAAAGAACUAA